AGUAAAGACUAAAUUUUGUGUACUACCUCAAUAAAUUUAAAAUUUUUCUAACUUUUCGAACUGUUGGCAAUGCAUUCUUAAGUUUCCCACCACACGAAAAUAAAAGAAGCGAAAUAAAGGUGCGAGCGAACAAACGUGACAACAACACAACAACCAAGAUUUACUCAUCCAGGGCGUGCCAUUCCCAGUUAUUAAUGUAAAACUAAAUAGUAUUUUCAACUAGAGCCACCAAUCUCCCACUGUAUUAACACUCUAAUAUCACCCACAAAUACUCAAAAUGGUACUUUUAAACUCCUGCUGGUCCCCAUUUAUAUGGACGGACAAUUUGCAUUCCGGAGUGAAAUCCAUCGCUUUCUACACGGUAGCAAUGAGCAUCGUUUUGAUGACUUUUAUUGUUUUCUAUAUGACUGGAGGUGAUUCCACCCAACUUUACAAUCCCUUGUUUGAGGCAGAUAUUAGGUUAUCUAUGCAAGUAGUUGGGGCAUUUUUAUUAUUCUACUUCAUUCUGUUGAUCAUAUCUGCUGUAUUGCUUGUCAUGGGAUUGAAAAGAAUGAACAGAGGAUUUAUGCUGCCCUGGAUGAUAUUGUUUGGCACAGCAAUUGCCUUCCAGUUAGUGUGGGGACUGUGGAUGAUUGGUGGCUACUAUAUUUAUCUUGACACCGUGUUUUACACGUUGAUUACUUGGAUCUGGAUGGGUUACCAUUUGUAUUGCUGGUUGGUGAUUUACUCACAGUUCCAAGUCUUCACUGAGAUGCAAUCUCCAAAUAUUGAACUUUUGUGGCCUUAAAGUUCAAGUAAAAGUUAAGAAGUUGCUUUAUUAGAGUCUCACGACGAAUCUCUACUUAAGAACAAACAGUAAGACAUAUUAAACUGACGUCUAGGAACACAACAGUCUUCUACAAGUACAAAAUACACAAAUAUUCUACUGCUACUAAAACAAUUACACAAACAAAACAAAUCACACAUAGCUACUGCUGCUAAAUUUAAUUUUUUUUAUUACAAAUUGACGAAUUAGGAAUAAGAAAAAACUUGAAAAGUUUUGUUGUAGUAAGAUUUAAAACAUUGUGUAAUUCCGUCCAAUUUUUAUAUGACUUUUAUAUAUAUUUUAUAAUAAUAUACAUUAAACUAUUAAAAUAUACAAAUACAUAAAAGUGA